UUUGCAAGUACAACAGUUCUCUGUGAGCCCCCAUUCAUUUCCUGAGAAGUGCGCAGAGCAGCUGAGAGGCUGAAAGGGAGGGAGUCACAGAGAGAGAGAGAGAGAGAGAGAGAGAGAGAGAGAGAGAGAGAGAGAGAGAGGGAGAGGGAGAGUCACAGAGAGGGGGAGAGGACUCUAUAAGGAAAACAGUUUUCACCGUUCUGCAGCUUCUGACAAGGCUCCAUUAAGAACAGGAUGCUAAUGCUUGACGGAAUGCCUACUGUCAGAGUCAAAGCAGAACCCCUGGAGUCUGAACAAGGGUCGCCCAAAGUGCACAGCUACCCUGGCAUGGAAGCGGUGCCCCUCCUCCUGAGCAAAGUCAAAGCCGAGCCGCCGGAGGACUUCCUCUCCUCUGAUCAGUUCCAGACGCAGACGGAGCCCGUGGACUUGUCCAUAAACAAAGCCAGGACCUCUCCCCACUCGGGCCCGCUGUCGUCGCAGUCGUCGCCCGUGACCUCCGCUCUCUCGCCGUGCCGCUCCUCGUCGUCCGCGUCCUCGUCCCCCACGGUCAUCACCUCCGUGUCCUCGGCCUCCUCGACGGGUGUGCCGACCAUGCUGGCGCAGGGGCCCCUGGCGGCCCCGCCUCCCUCCGGAGUCAGGGGCCAGCCGUUUUUGCACAUCAUCCACCCGGUCCCGCCUUCCAGUCCCAUUAACCUUCAGUCCAACAAGCUGCCCAGCCAUGUCCACCGCAUCCCCGUGGUGGUGCCCCUAAUGUACACCGCCGUGCGUUCACCGGGGAACCUGAACUCCACCAUCAUGCUACCUCUGCUGGACGAGGCAAGGAAUCAGGGCAAAGGAGUGCAAACCGACACGAACAGCUUGUCGCCGAGGCAAAUAAAAAGUGAUAGCGAUGAUGACCUGCCAAAUGUGACCUUAGACAGUGUUAAUGAAACGGGAUCUACUGCCCUUUCUAUAGCGAGAGCCGUACAAGAUUCCAUGUCACCGUUCAGUAUUGAGGGCGUGCGACGCACGCGGAGGUCCGAAUCGCCUGACUCCAAGAAGAGGCGCAUCCACAGGUGUGAUUUCGAAGGCUGUAAUAAGGUGUACACGAAGAGCUCGCACCUGAAAGCCCAUCGGAGGACACACACGGGUGAGAAGCCAUACAAAUGCACCUGGGAUGGAUGCACGUGGAAGUUUGCCCGGUCGGACGAGCUGACGAGGCACUAUCGCAAGCACACGGGCGUGAAGCCCUUCAAGUGUGCCGACUGUGACCGCAGCUUCUCACGAUCAGACCACCUGGCACUACACCGCCGCAGACAUAUGCUUGUGUGAGGUGCUGCCUGAAUUUUGGGGAGCGGGUGGGGGGGCGGGCUGCAUGGAGGGGCAGGACACCAUCCACUGCACGUGUUCAGCUGGCCUGAACACACCCCCCCCUUCCCCCUCCACCCAGGGUGGGGAGUCUGAAGAUAAGAUCCCACGAACCACAACAUCCUUUCCGUUUUGGAAUCGUGUCACGGAGCACUGUAUUACCUAUUUGUUCGAACAUUGAAAGUAUUUCAUCGGGACAAGGAAACGAUGCGGUGUGACAGUUAAAAACGUUCCUGUGUCACGCCCCUAAAGCAACAAGGUAUUCAGUUUUUAAACGGAAUUUUUAUUUCGGCUGGUUGUUGGUCAGAUGGCUGCUUUUCUGCGAUUAUAAUGUGAAAGAACACUGCAAACAGAGCGAUUGUGUCUGUGCGGGGGUCCCGCAGGGGGGCCCCCGAAGGCGUAGCAGAGUGAAACACAAGCAGCUUCCUCUUUUGGAGAGGAUUGUUGCACAAGAUCUUGCAGCCCCUCCACACCCAACACCACCCCCCCCCCCACCCGGCUCCACACGCCCUCCAGCCUCCACCUCGCAGGAAAUCGUCCGCUUUCAGGAUGGUUCCAUCGGGACCCAUCGUUGAGAGACAGUACUCCGAGAAAAUGAAGAAUCGCAGGGCCCAGGGGCUUUAGCGCAGAUCGAGUAGAUCUUCACCCACUCAAAACAAAUCCGGUGAAUGAGAUUAUACUCCCAAAUGGCAAGAUAUCAAGGAGCAUAUUUUCACACCCAUCCACACAUAUUACGAAUAUGUUUUAUUCAGUGUUGGUUCCCAUACAGUGGAUUUUUUGAACACAAGCACAUGAUCUUACGAAAUGUACAUCCUUUACUUCUGUAUGUUUAUGGCUUUUCAUGAUGGUGAUGCUUUAUUCCUGAGAGUUCUUAUUAUACAGUUUUUUGUCUAGAAAAAUGUUAUGGGUGCAUUCUGUGCUGUGAUUAGCGAUCGGUAAAGUGCAAUCUCAUUAAGUAAAUAUAGUUAUAUAAAACCUUUUUGUUGUUUUCGUUUGUUUUUUUUUUUAUAUCUUAAGCUGCCUGCUUUGAUACCAUAUAAAAAGUCCCUUACUAAACAUAACAUUUUCAUAAUAUUCAUUAUGUAUCAUUUAAGACUUUCUUGAGCACCUUACAUUUAAAGUAAAUGUGACCUUGUGACCAUUACCUAUUUUUUUCCAGAAUAAGAUUCACUCUCGUUUAUUUUAAAGAGAAAACAAGUGCUGUUGAAAUUUCUGUGGAUGUCUAGCAGGAAUUCAGUGCAUUCUUUGCAGACUGUAGAGCCUCACACAACAGCCUCCCUGUACUCUACAUCUGUGACUGAAGCUGAUCAGUCUUGGUUUUCCACCAGUGUAUCAUGUUUUUCUAUAUAGCAGAGUCCUCUAUAUUUAUAUUAGAUUUGUAUCUGUGACCUUUUAGAACACUCAGUUUGACAUUGUUAUGCUCUUUACAGACAUAAUAAUGCAAGGUAAUAAUUUUGAUCAUCUGAUUAAGGGCAACUGUUAGCAUGUUUAAUGUCCAUGGGUAUUUAAAAAAAUAUUGAACAUAUUUGUUCAGUGUUUUUGUUUAAUACACUUAAAAAUUGUCUCUGUUUGUAAAACGAAAAAAAAAGCUAUAUAUUAAAAGAAAACUAUUACAAUAGCAAUAAAGGGAUGUUCACAACGCAAACAUACUUAUAUCCCUGUUUUGCAACCGUUUGAUUUUUCAUUUAUGGUACAGCUAUCUAAUCUACUGAUACCACUACAUAUGCUCUGAGGCAGUAGAAUUAGGAUUUCCGCAUAAAUAAUAAAUAAAAAGAAAUCAGAUUUUCACCUGAGGAAAACGUGAAAUUAAACGGAGAGUUUGAAUGCGCGCUGUGUCCCGUCCAUGCGGACGCUCAUGACUGUGUUUCCUGAAUCCUGCUGUUUGGCAUAAUCCAUUGCAUGCAUUUAUGUCUUUAAUAGAUGCCGUGCAUUUAAUCAUAUUUAGCAAAGAACUGGACCUGAUUCAGUGCAACAGCCCUCCUUAAUAAUUAAAGUGACAAUAAGAUGGUAGCAUUAGCUACGUUUUAAUUUUGGAAAAUUGCGCAGCUUGUGCAUAUUAAUGAUGUGUCGGACAAUCUGCUUAACUUGAGAAGAGAAUAUACCACUGGCGGCUCCCUGUCACGCCUUUUCACUCAACUACCCGAUAGCUUUCCUGCUAAAAUAAGCAAUAUGAUAUAUUUUAGUAUCUGAUUGCACAAGCACCCUUAUGUAUGAUUAAUUCAUAAAUUUGUUCUUAGCCUAAUGCAUUGGUGGAAUUCUAGCCCUGUCUUACAAUUCUCUUUAUGCGUCCUGUGGGCUGAUUAGCAUGACAGUACAUAAAUAAUUCAUUUUUUAAAUCUCCCCCAGAUAUAUUUGGCGAACAGGUGAGAGACUGGCUGUGUUAGUGGUGAGCUGUUUCUAUCUGCAGGUACAGCAAAAUUGCAACAAAAAUACCCGUCGUAAUAUCAGUUCCAGCAACUGUAUGAGCUGUGGCUAUGCUGUCAUGGGAAUGGUCAGUUGCUGUCAUCAGCACCUUGUUCCUGAGGGUGUGAAGCCCGGUCUGACCACAGAUAUCUAGUGUUAAAUUGGCAUUAAUGGAUGUCCAAUCUACUCCAUAGAGUGCCAAGGCAGAAAUUGUGCAGUUUAUGUUUGAAAAUAGAAAUAACCCAAUAUAAUAUCGAAAGUGGGCUAAUUGUCUGAUGAUGAAUACUUUUGUGAAGGAAUAUGGUAAUAUGUCAGAAGAAUACAUUUGGCUACUUUUUUGCUCUUUGUGGAAUAUAUCCAGAACAACAUCAGACCAAUGUAUUUCUCCGUUCUAUUAUGAAUAAGUGUUCUCAUAUGUUGUUAUGCAUCCUAUUUGUGUAGACAUAAAAUAUAAUUUUAUUUGUCUAAUAAUCAAAGUUUGAUUGCCUUUUAUGGGAUCAGACAUAUCAUCAGCACCUUGUAUGUUACAAAGAAUAAUUAAAGCAAAGUUCUGUUUAAAGUUUAAUUACACAGUAAUAGUCAUCAACAUAUUUUCAUAAUGUGUACUUUUUAUACUUUUCUGAAAUGAAGGGCACUUCAUCAUUGCAUAUAAAUAUUUUCUGUAUAAAAGGUGUUUUAAGAUAAUGUAAUAUAUGUGAUAGUGCAAAAAUAUUUUGAAACUGUUUUACUUAGGCUGUAAAUACUAUUUAGCGGAGAGGCUUCCAAUUUUUAAUACAAAUUACGUUUAAUACAUUUUUACAGAGUACUCGUGGAAGGGCCUUGCUUAAAAUGAUUGUCCUCAUAAGCAAAUACAGAAAUAUGACCAGAGAUUAUGUAUCAAUCACUUUUGAAUUAAAUUGUUUGGUUGUCACUAAGACAAAUGUGAAAAUUACAGCAAUGCAUUUCGAGGUAGUAAAAACUGUUUAUGUAAAUGUAAAUUUAAAAGAACAAUUAUAGAACACCUGUGUAAAAAAUGUCUAAAAUGCAUUCUUUAUCUGAGCAUGCAGUGUUUUAUUCUAAAUCACUAUCGAUGUUAGUUGCACAUCAUCACGAUUCUUUUUUGUUCUGAAGCACCAUUUUCCAGGCAAGUUCAACUUUCUGCCAGAAACUGCACACUGUUGAUUGUUUUUUGCAUGUGCGAUUAGGUUUAUUACAAAUGGUCUCUAUAUACAUAAAUUGUUAGAUGAAAAUGCAGCCAUUGUUCCAGUUUGAACAAAAAAACGUUUCAUUUAUCUAUCUCGCGGCACCUACAACAAACCAGUGCUAUUGUUUUAAUUUAAGGAAUUACAAAGAAACUUGUGCAGAUAGUUUUAUACAUCACCAUGCAUCAGCAUGUUACUGCCAUGAUAGGCUUACUUGUAGGAGAAGUCUUACAUUUUAUGGCAUAAUUUGUAACGGUGAGCAGGGUUAAAGUUAUGCAAUAACGAACAGUGCCUCCAGAGACUCGUAUUACAGUGUGCAUGUGGUCAGAUGUUACAUUGAAACAUUUGAACAUUGCUAGUUACCAGUAAUAUGAUGGUGUACUUGCAGACAAUUAUACACAGUAAAAAUAAAAGCACAAUCGCUCUUCGAUCAAUAUGCAAAGAUCAUAUUGAACAAACAUCCCGACUUUUACAAUUUACUUUUACGAUCGAUGCACUGAGCCUUACGGACAGCUACGGAGACAGUUGUGAAUAGUCCCUAACACCAGUUUUGAAUAUAUGAGGUGUAUGUGUGUGUGUGGAAGUGACAUUUGAUUUGUAUGGAUGCAUUUACCGUAUAACCUCAGUUUUGAUCUAAAGGGCCAUUCAAGUUUUUUUACCUCUCCAGAUUGCACAUACAUAUAUACUUUCACUUUGUGUGUGUGUGUGUGUGUGUGUGUCCGAUUUCAUUUCCAGGAAUCACGACUGUCAGUUAAGUAAUGCAGUGUUGAAGUACAGUUCACAGGGCAACCUCUGCUGUAUGUGUGAAACCCAAGUUAGCAGUCUUUAGGAUUCUGUUUCCGUGAAACCUGGGGUCAGUAAUGUCUUUGUAUUUAUAUAUAUAUAUAUAUAUAUAUAUAUAUAUAUAUAUAUAUAUAUAUAUAUAUAUAUAUAUAUAUAUAUAUAUAUAUAUAUAUAUCUUUUUUUUCAUUUCAGACCAAUUCUCAUUAUUUUCUUUGCAUUUGAUAGUAGUUUAGCUGAUGCUUAUGUUACAAUUUUACUGAUAUUAUAUAAGUGUUGUUCUUGUAUGUACGUCUAGUGAAUGUAUUGUAAAUAUAUUCAGAACUUUUCAUCUUACUGUAACAUUUUGUUAUCAACCUACAAUGAUUAAAGGGAAUCCCUGUUCAUUAAGGACUAUCAGAGGGAGCCCCAGGUUCCUCAGAAAGGACGACAAUAACAAGUAUUUUCUUUCUUUUUUUUUUUUUUUUUUAAAAUGGUGUCUAAACAUUUCUGUCAGUACUUUGCUUUUUCUCUGUAUUCCGUUUUGCAGAUAAUUUGAGCUGUGAACUGAGUUUAAACAAAUAUAUGUAUAAUAAUCAGAAUUGAGGCAUGAAGGUUAAUAAAAUUGCAUUUUGUAUGUAAC